AUGGAAGGUUGCCAACUCCCUCUGCUCCUGCUGCUGGUCGUCAACGUUGAUGUUCUGCAGGGACAAGUGGAGGAAAACUGCAGAGAGAUGUAUUCAGUUAAUGGAAACGCCACUAAGCCGGCGUGCAAGCAAGGCGAGGUUUGUAUCGAACUGGACGUGAAGAACUUCACCGUUUACGUGGAGGAUCAUAAUGUAAGUGUAAUGGGGCGACUACCCCAGAACAAAAAGCAAAUGUUUUACAGUUUGCGGAACUUUUGGCCAACAUUUUACAAACUUUUCCAAAAAAAGUAAAAACAGAAAAAUUUCAAGGACAAAUACUGUAAGGUUGCGCAGCGAGGUACGGAACGUAUUUUCCGACCGAAAAAAUAUUUUUCUCGGAAUUGUUUUAUUUCUUUUGUCAAUUUUGACACUUCGUUUGGACGAAACGUCAAGGUGGGCGGAAAAUAUUUUUCUUCUAUUUCGAGUUGCCUUCCUCUUUUCAUUUUCCCAAGGCUUGAUUUUUUGGUUGGUGGUUAAUCUCUGCGCGACUUGUACCAACUAUUUUCAGGACUAUGAGCCCCCGUUCGAUUACAUGAGCAUUGUGUCGAGUGAGUUGUGUGUUCCACAGCAGUUUAUGUAUUAAUACGAAUUUAGAAUACGAAGGCGGUCAAUUCUACACGUAUGAUGGUGUGCAGCGGAAAACGGGCAAACGCUUGUAAGAGUUUGUCCGCGUCUUCGUUUAGGUUCGAUUUUGAAAAUACAAAAAGACAUUUUAGUAAUGCACCACCUCUUAUUUGGUCUUCUCGUCACCAGAUCCCCUCCAGCCAUGACCCGCAGUUCUUCGCGCAGCUGUUCUCGGAGAGCGUCGAGAUUGUCUCAAUGGGGUAAGUCUGAAAAAAACCGGAGCUUAACGACCGCGGUGGCGGGUAGGCCCAGAUCUCUGUUCAAUUUUUUCCAUGAUUUUUCAGCAAACGAAUCGCAAGACAACGGCAUAACGAUGUUUAUCGCAUCCAAACGUUACUGGACUCCCCGUUGACCGUUGAUGAGGUGAAACGCGCCUUUGUCUACAAGGAGUACAUGUUCAUCAGUCCGACGAAGGCUGUCGACUUUAGAGUUCUCUACGAGAAGAGGGGGCCCUUUGAGGACGAUAUAAACAGACCAGGGCUGCUUUUGGAGCGCAAUGUUGGCCUGAUCGACCCCGCCGACAUCCCCAACGAACACAUCGACGUGAAUUUCCUGACCCUGAUCCUGAAUCAAUGCUUUGUAAGUUUGGGAAAAGUGCAGCUGUUGACCACUUCAGCCUGCCUGUAUUUUCGUAUUUCAGAAGCGUGAUAAGUACUGUUCGUUGGAUAUCAAGACCGAAUCCUUGGACCUGCAAGAUUACCCAGUGGCCUUCACCAACGACGACCUGGUUCUGGAGUCGUUUUGGUUUCAGUAAGUUCACCUGCACCGUUCUUUAUGCCCACGUUUAGAAGGCACUGCGAAAUGAGUCCGAUGUACCGUAUUCGGCACAAGAAAACAGCUCCGAAGUAAGUGGGACUGGAACUGGGACGAUUGGAGAAACCGAAAAGUGUUAUUUUUCUUCUAUGGAAAUGUUGAAAUUAGGAUAAUCGAGGAUGUUGAUUUCGAAAAUCAUGUUCUAUUUUUCUGAACUUUACCAGUUUUCCUUAAGUAGUAGUGUUAAAAAGUAACUUUUUGAGAUUUUUCUAGGAAUACUGGAUAUAGGGGUUCUCGAGGGUGCUGAUUUCGAAAAUGACAUUCAUUUUUUUGAUUCUUACUUUUUUUCCUUAAGUAGUACUGUAAAGUAGUAAUUUUUGAAUUUUUUUUUCAUAAAUACUCGAUUAGGGGUUUUAUGCUGAUUUCGAAAGAUAAGUGUCAUCUACAUUAUUGGAUUUAUUCUUGGAGUUCAUUUUUUCGGUCGUUUUUCGGUUGUUUUUUCGGUCUUCCCCGGUGUGUCCCAAAAUGGAGUACGGUGUGGAAGAAAAAGCUUGGGCUGUGGUUUGGUACGGCAAGUACGGUUCGCCGACAAAUGUUCAAAGGGAAUACCGCAUUAAAUACGGCCGUAAUGCCCAACUUCCAGAUCGCAAGACAAUUCGGCGUUGUUAAUGAACAUGAUUUCCGAAAUCAGCACCCUCGAAACCCCAAAAAUCGAGUAUUUAUGAAAAAAUUCAAAAAUUACUACUUUACAGUACAACUUAAGGAAAACUAGUAAAGUUCAGAAAAAUGAACAUGAUUUUCGAAAUCAACAUCCUCGAUUAUCCUAAUUUCGAAAUUUGCAUAGAAGAAAAAUAAUACUUUUCGGUUUCCCCAAUCGUACUUUUCCCCGAUCAUCUUUUUCCCCAAUCGUCCAACUCCGAGUGGGACUUUGAGUUGGCUAAUUUGGGAUUUUUAGUGUGAUCUUCGAUUUCCCGGAUGUUGAGAGCAUCGUAACGCACGGAACGAAUCUUUCGUGGGUAUAUUACCACUAUGAUGACCCUGAUGGGUGAGUCUUUUCAUAGUAGUUGCAAAUCUUAGGGCUUCGGUGCAGACUUCAGACUUUGGGCACCGAUUUCCAAAAACGGGCGUUGCGUUUAGAAAAAAAUGCACCGGAUUUCGGAAUUGGGUGCCGAGAAAAAAUUAAGUCGACGUCAAUUUUUCGAUUUGGGCGUCCACUUUCUUGUGCACCGAAAAUCGCGAUUUGGAAAAAAAAUCCGAAAUCUUAUAUGACCACCUUUAUAUAUAGAAACUCGUAAACUUUUUUUCAGCGAUUGGACAAGAAUUCCAUACACAAGACGUGGUAUCCUGCCGAUUAUCCAGCCGAACGAUCCCUUUUACGACUUUGUGAAACGGUACACCACUCCCGCCCCAACGACCAAACCCCGCCCGCCACCAACCACCACCACUCUGAAGCCUGUCCAGGCCGGUUCCGCCCCAAAUAUCAUUGAAAUCGAGGAGGACUCGGUGGACGAUAUUGUCGGCGUGAUCGAACCCCCAAUCUCGAAGAAUGUACCGGCGAUCUCGCGUCUUCCUUUCAUCUAUUACACGCUUGGUUAUGCCACUGUCCACUUGAAAACUCACAAUACGUAUAUGUAA